UAGGUGUCGCCGCGUGUCGUACACAGGCCAGCCGACUCCUGUUCUCCAUUUUGUAUGUUUUCCUGAAGGUUAGCGCCUACUUCCAGACUGGGAAGCGAGAUGAGAAGAAACCAAACUUAGAUUUGACUGGCCGCAACACGAAUAGAACGUAUCCAAGGGCUAUAUUGAGAAGCUUAUGAGAGGUUUCUGUCAUCGGAUGUCUAAUGCGGCGUGAGUCAGGUUCGUAUUGAGUCAGUGUCGCGUGCCUCGGACCGCUAUCUUCAACCAAAACAAUGUUGACAGCCGACCUAUGGACAUUCGUCAACAAACUGUCAUUUCAAGGAUGGAUGAAAGUGGAGUGGAGAAGUUAAACUAUGGAAGAGAUGGCCAUUUAAGCAAACUCGUCUACUCUGAAAAUCCUGAGGAGGGAGGUCCCCUAAAAGUUGUCCCCCAUGGGGCCAUAUCCGUCACAUCUUCCACCCCUUUUGUUUCAUCCAGCCUUUUGAUGCAGCCUGGACAGGUACCAAACGGCCUCCACACUCAGCCUCUCCCAUUGGAGCACAUCUCCACUUCUCUCGCUGGGACUGUAGGCGCGGUGCAGGAUGAGCAAGAGACCAGGGCCCUGACCAAAGAACAGAGGCCUCCACAGCAGUUGCUUCAGUCACAGACAACUUUGUUUGGUUCACUGGGUGUGCAUGUGCCACUGCUAGAAGCCAGUAAGCGAGACCUAAGCCAGUCCUCCAUGGAUUCAUUGAUUGGGGGAUCAGAUCCCAAUUUAUUUCCAGUAAAAACAGAAGAUUUUUCAAUGGACAGAGCAGAUCCCAUUGAUUUUGAUCAUGCUUUUGACAACGUUGGCAGAGAAGUGGAUGUGAACCAGAAAUUAUUCAGUGAUAAUACCCUGGAUCUGCUGGAUGAUUUUGAGCUCAUUGGCUCACCUUCCAAUUUUUAUGUUGGCGACGAGGCCUUCCUGUCAACUCUAGCGGACGAGUCAUUGUUAAGCGAUCUUAAUCCAGAAAAGGACAUCAAGCCUGUUGUAAUUGAGACAAGCAAUUGUCAUGUCAUCUCUGGUAGCCAGAACGGCAGUGUUUUAUCAAGUCCAGCUCAGUCCAGUCCAACCAUAUCGUCCACUGCCACCCUGAGCCCUACACCAACCCCAACUACUCUGGUAAAGAAAGAGAAAGAUUCUGGGUUCAUACAACUCUGCACACCAGGUGUGAUAAAGCAAGAGAAGGCAUCACCAGGUCACAGUUUUUGCCAAAUAUCAGGCACAUCUCCAAUGACCAGCACCGGCACCAUCUCAAUCUGUGGAGUCAGUACUUCAGGAGGGCAAAGUUUCCACUUUGGAAUCAAUCCCAGCAGCUGCAACAAUGCCUUGAAGGACCAGAAGGCGAUGUCCACGCUGUGUCUCCCAGUCACGACAAUUGGAGGAACCUGGAACAGAGACCUGAGUACAGUGGAAAACUCAGCCAUACAUCGAGCUACUGAGACUUUCUCAAGCUCUCCUUCCUUCACCAGCAGCUAUGCCAGCUCCACUCCCAGAAAGGAAGCUGGCACCACCUCAGGAUCGACCCAGGGAAAGAGUGGGACUCAUAAAAUCUGCCUGGUGUGUUCUGACGAGGCCUCAGGAUGUCACUAUGGCGUGCUCACGUGUGGAAGUUGCAAGGUCUUCUUUAAAAGAGCGGUGGAAGGGCAGCACAACUACUUGUGCGCUGGCCGGAAUGACUGCAUCAUCGACAAGAUCAGGAGAAAGAACUGCCCAGCUUGUCGCUUCCGCAAAUGCCUGAUGGCUGGAAUGAACUUGGAAGCACGUAAAGCCAAGAAGAUGAACCGCUUAAAGGGCAUCCAGCAGAGCAACCCCCCUGAAGUUAUCCCGUCCCCGCCGGUGGACGCGCCGUCCCUCGUGCCCAAGUGCAUGCCUCAGCUCGUCCCAACCAUGCUGUCGCUCCUGAAGGCCAUCGAGCCGGACACCAUCCACGCAGGCUACGACAGCACUGUGCCCGACACGUCCACCCGCCUCAUGACUACCCUCAACAGGCUGGGCGGUCGACAGGUCAUCUCUGUCGUCAAGUGGGCCAAAGCGCUGCCAGGUUUCAGAAACCUCCACCUGGAUGACCAGAUGACCCUCCUGCAGUGCUCCUGGCUCUUCCUCAUGUCCUUCAGUCUGGGCUGGAGGUCCUACCAGCAGUGCAACGGCAACAUGCUCUGCUUUGCACCCGACCUUGUGAUCAAUGAGGAGCGUAUGAAGCUGCCCUACAUGGCCUAUCAGUGUGAGCAGAUGCUGAAGAUUUCCAGCGAGUUCGUGCGGCUGCAAGUGUCUCACGACGAGUACUUGUGCAUGAAGGUCCUGCUGCUGCUCAGCACAGUGCCAAAAGACGGGCUGAAGAGCCAGGCGGUGUUCGACGAGAUCCGGAUGUCGUAUAUCAAGGAGCUUGGCAAAGCCAUCGUGAAGCGCGAGGAGAACUCCAGCCAGAACUGGCAGCGUUUCUACCAGCUGACCAAGCUGCUGGACUCCAUGCACGAGAUGGUCGGGGGUCUUCUGAACUUCUGCUUCGACACGUUUGUGAACAAGUCCCUGAGCGUGGAGUUCCCAGAGAUGCUGGCCGAGAUCAUCAGCAACCAGUUACCAAAAUUCAAGGCCGGGAGCGUCAAAGCUCUUCUCUUUCACCAGAAAUGACUGAGACCCUGAGAAAACUCAAUGCCUUAACUCACCCUUUCCUCCACCCCCCACCCACCCCACGAGAGAGUGAAGGAAAGAUGCAGGGGGAACACGAGUAUGCAACUUAACUGUUUCCAGAGCGGAGCAGCUGCAGGAGCCGACGCUCACAAGUAGGAAUCUUUGUGUAGGAUAUAGGAAGAGCAGUUUGGAGUUGAUAGAGAAGAAUAGAGGCACCCAUUUCCUCUCAGGUUUCUUACCCUCACAUUCAGAACAUAAGCAGAAUAUAUUCAUCAGAUGUAUCUGUACAGCUAUUUUCUACAUUUUACAAGUCUGACAGUUUCUAUAGUUUCCCAGGAGGACGGUCCUCAGAGGGUAACGAAGCUAAUGGACACCUUUGUCGUGAUAGAUGUGUACGUUCGUCCUAGUUAUGAUCCAAUCCUUCUUUGGUCCUUUUAAAGAAGCUUGUUUUCCUUAGAUUGUUUACAUGCACCAUUGACUCGUCCCACAAGCCCGACCUCUUCCAGGUUUACUCACGUCUGAAAAGGGAAACGAACAUGUGCCUUUUUUUCUCAUAUCAUCCACCCAAGAUUCUGGAAACUCUCCUCACUGGGCUGAUUGUACUUUUGAGUCACAUGCAGUUGCAACUUCCCCUCUGUCGGCGCUCCUCGUCCGUGCAGAGCAUCCACUUGUUUCACGCCGCCAGGUGCAACACAAGCACUUUUUACUCUGCGCAAGGCUUUAACGCACCCCCCUUCAGCUCCGUGUGGUGUCGCCCCGCCCCCCUCGCAGUCCUGCCAGAAAUAGGAUUGAAAAGAAACCUGCGUCCGCCAAUCAGGAAGGAAAACCCUAUUUAUCAUGUUGAUAUUUGAACCAAUUAGGAGCUAAUGUUUUGUAAAAAACUCGACCGUAAAUGACGGUUCAAUGACGGAGUUGCUGCUCCAGCUUUUGAUAAUCACUGUUCAAAGUUCAGUCCAGAUUCCAGGUUUCUGAUUUACCCAUCGGUUUUACAGCCACAUUUACAGGAGGAGCACAGCCGAGGACUGGAGGCCUGACCUCAUUCAUUUACAUGCCACUCUUUUUUUCAUGUUUUCUUCAUGAAUACACACCACACCGAUACCAGGCUUGAGGACACGCACUCAUACAAUGGCCACCGAUACCACAAGGCUGAUGCCAAUUUACAGUAGCACACGGUUUUUGAAUGUCAGUUUAUGACCGUUUGGUAAAAAUGUGUUUGUGAUGCAGUUGAACUUCACCAUUCGUCCAUCUACAAGAAUAAUGUACCGAGGAAUUGUUCAAAUAACAUUAUAAAUGGAAAAAAAAAAGAAAAACUCAAAGUAACUUUAUGUGUAAUGGACAAAUUGCUUCAUCGAUUCAUAUGUUUAUUUGAAUAGUUUGAGAUGAAAUCUCAACAUGGCUCCUCCAUGAAUGAAUGAAUGAGUGAGUGGUGAACCGGCACUUCCACACACACACCGUGGGUAACUGAGGAACCUGGAAUCGACCGGCCAGGAAUGUAAACCGUCAGUGUUCAGUGUCAAAUUUGGAUUCUCCAGCUUUAGAGAUGCAGGUUUUUGCACUGCGUAAGUGUAAAAAUGAAUCAUGUUGUCCCCUAACACGAGUAAGCGCUUAGCACCAGUCACCUUUCGUGGAAGUUGAUCCUCACUCAACGUCAGUGCCAAACUGCUGUCCUGUCCGUUUCCAGUGAUGUUGGUGUUUUGAGUCCCGCCACCAGGACCCUGUCGUCGUGUAGUGUCACGUGACGUGUAAUGGAACCUGUCCGUCAUCCAGUUCUCACAACCUCAUGAAGCACAAACUAACAAGUCAGAUGUGAAUGUGAAUUUUGGUGAGUUGAGGUGGUUUCAUGUGUGAAUCUGUGUCAGAUCAGCGCUGUGGAACACGUCACUCUUAGUUUGAACACAGAGAGACUGAUGCUCUCUCCAAAGCCUGUGUUGUCUCAGCGGCUCAUUCGCUCACAUCCAAACAGGACAAAUGUCUCCUCAAAGUAUUGAACAGUGUCUGCAAAAAUUCACUUUGCCCACAGCACAGGCCUCCCCAGAUUCAUUUGCUGCCAUUUGUCAAUUCCUCCGCCCCACAGUGUCCUGCUCGCCGUCUGUGUCUCACUGUGGGCUGGUCUGACACAGAUCGUCACCUCAGGUUUUGCAACCAUCUCUCUUCUCUGACUAACAAUCGAACCUCUGUGCUGCUUUUAUCCAACUCUCGUCAUCUUGCACUUUUGGUUUUUAAUUUUGUUUCCAUGACAACCGCUCCCCGGCUCGCUGUAAACACAAAUCUCUGCUGCUGCUGAUUCUUGUCCUCAGAUGAAACACGCACACCUGAUCCUCCCGCUCCGAAAUGUAGCCGUGGUUUUACAUUUCGGAGGAGGAGUUAUGCAAUAGAAACGCCCUCAUACACAAGAUGUUUUAACUUCCUUGUUUUAUUUCUCUGAUAUAAGCUAUUUUGCAAACAGGAGAUUCACACGCUUCUCUGCAGGCCAGACUUUCAGGAAUGGAAAUGCGUCACGGUCCUCAGCGACGGUGCCGACAAAGCUAUUUUAAAGUUUGAAUACACGGUGACCAAAGCAGACAAAUUCAACUUGUCAGUCUCAACAUUUGUACAGAUAUUUCUUUGUAGACUUUUUUUUUUUUUUACUUUUAAUCCGACAACUUUGGUCAAACUGUGUAAAACUGUGAAUAGAAUAUAGAAUAGAAGUCAGUCUUUUCACAAUUGUUGUGGAAGUCAUUAACUAGCUUGGAAAAAAAAAAACAUAAAAACAAAAAUAUUUGCACUACCCAAAUAUUCUUUAAGAUCUAUUUUGUAUAAGACAUUAUGCAGGCGUGGACUUUUGAGGACGAUCAUGUUUCACUGGUUUCUUCAGUUUUCCAGCUUAGUUUCGAUCGAAAUUGUAAAUGUAAAAUCACUGUAAAGAAAACCUCGCCCUGGUCUCAGAUCUGGUUUUCUACACACUUGGUUUAGAUCUCUGUAGUGUACAACCUCCACGUUGACCGUUCCCUCCACUGAUUAAAGAUUUUGCUGAACA